CUUUGGUGCAGAAACUGACGCCAGACUGUCAUGUGUCGCGAAGUCAACCAUGUGUGCGUUGUAUCAAGCCCUGGGGGUCGCGCCCUCUGCUUCCAAAAGAACCAUUCGUCUUGCGUACUUGCGUCUCGCCAAACAACUUCACCCAGAUGUGAACAAGGCAUCUGGUGCAGAAGGGAACUUUCAGAAAGUUCGCGAAGCAUACGAGGUUCUGUCUGACGAUGCUCGGCGCCGUGAGUACGACCGGCAGCUAUCUCCCAUGCGGUCCACCUCCACAAGAACUUAUUCUGGAAAUCCAAGCGGGCCUCGUACUUGGCAAGGUGCACAAGGAAGAGGGAACUUUCGAACUGUUGACGAGGAAGCGCGCCGCGUGCGGCAAGAGCACGAGGCAAUGUACGUGGUGGAUGUAGCAAAUGCAAUGGCUGAAGGCACUUCGUCGCCGAGCAGAGGCGCAGUUCUUUAUGCGGUUCAACCAGUCUCGGUACCGCAGCAGUCUCUCCGAAUCCCUCUUCCGGUUUUUGCCGCUGGUCUUGCCAAUUUGGACAGUGCUUUUGCUGUACAGCUUUUACAAGAACCGAAGUAUUGACCGUGUUUCUCCAACGGCGGUCGCCACUGCGGUUGUGAUGUUUUUGCUUGGGUCGCCAGAGCGCUAAUCUGCGGGAACUGAUGGUCCGUGCUGUGUUGUGUAGAGCGAGUUUGUUCAGUGCAAAGCAGAUGCAACUGAUACAACAUUGUGUUGACAGUGUUGUCCGUUUGGUUUAAAAAGGCAGAAACCGGGUGUAAAGUGCAGCAAAUCCCAAGAUCCCGGUCUGUGACUAUCGAAAGGAAUCUGGCGAAUGUUUGCAUGGCACCACUGACCCAAUGUGUACCAACUGAUCCAAUGCAAAGAACAUUCCAAGACAGUUUCUACAUGUUUCUACCUGCGCUUUAUGCCGAGGCUGAAAGUGUCUUCUGGGAUGAACAUGGCCGCGCUUGGGUGCGUGAUGCCUAUGGAAGGUUCCAUCGAAUGCCUGAUUUGGAUCGUCAAGUCAUAUCGCAAGCUGCAAGAUGAAAUAGUCAACCCGCAGCAAGCGUCAAUCGGAACGUUUGGACGUCACCCUCGGAAUGCCGUGCAACUUCUUGAUGCUGCAGUAUAGGAGCAUAGAAAAGGUCAAGAGACUGGAGCGGGUUC